AUGCGUGGAACGUGGCUCUCAUGGAAUCAUAAACCAAUCAACUUGCGUUCAUUUAGGCGCGUAGCAAAACACCCUGGUAAAUCACUGAUUCAGUAGUAUUAAUAUUCUACCUGUCUAUGUGUGGGAGUUGGGUGUAGUAGAGAUCUACAGUUUUAUUGGUACAAUGUCAGUUAUUGAGAUCGUGAGCCUCGCCUGUCUCUUUAUUUUGCUCUUAAUAAUUUUUAUCGUCGUUAAGAACCACUUAGUCUUGAUGCAGCUGGGGCAGCAACGAGCGGAGCAGGACGGUGCCAUACAUGUUAUACCGCAUCAGAGAAGAGUUCUGGAGACAGAAGGAAACUACAUCGGGACAGCGAUUGGUAUACAGCGUAUGGCUGUGCAGCCAAGUACAAUUUUCCAUCAAAGAAUCGCAAAUCGCCCACUUCCUAG